AAAUUGGGUGUUAAAUUAUUGGACUCGGAAUGAGUUCUGAUGCAAUAUUUUUUUCGCUCAAAGAUUAAGAUGAAAUGUGGGUCCAAUUGAAAAACCAAAUGUGUGAAUGUUAUUGGAGUCCAGACCUUGACUCCAGCGUAAUAAUGUGCAGCGGAGGUAAGAGGGAAGAGCACGGCAGCUGCUGGGAAAAGCUCAAUGAUAGUAGUGCUUAAGCGAAAGAAACGAAGACCGCAAAAAGCUAGUAAAUUUCCAGUCGGGUUUUCAUUGUUUUGGUUUUCUGCAUCAAAUUAGAAUUUUGGAAGCUCUUGCAGAGGCCUCACCGAUGGGAAAUGAGAAGAAUAAGUAUACUGUGGAAGAAGCGCUGGUCUCAAUUGGAUUUGGGAAGUUCCAAUUCUUUGUAUUUCUGUAUUCUGGGAUUGGUUAUGCUGCAGAAGCAAUGGAGAUUAUGAUUCUUUCAUUUAUUGGCUCUCCAAUUCAAUCCGAAUGGAAACUUUCUCCUCGCCAAGAGAGUUUAAUCUCUAGUGUCGUUUUUGCUGGCAUGCUUUUAGGGCAGUAUUCUUGGGGCGUCAUUUCAGACAAUUAUGGAAGAAGAAAAGCUUUCGUCUUUACUGCGCUGAUUGCCAGUGGAGCUGGUUUUCUCGGCGCCUUCUCUCCCAACUACAUUACUUUCAUCAUCCUUCGUUUUUUAGUUGGAAUUGGGUUGGGCGGCGGGCCUGUGCUUUUCUCCUGGUUUCUUGAGUUCGUCCCUAUCAUCAAUAGAGGUAAAUGGAUGACUGUCUUUUUAUUCUGUUGGAGCUUGGGCACCAUUCUUGAGGCUUCACUUGCUUGGGUAGUCUUGCCUAACUUGGGCUGGAGGUGGCUCCUAGCUCUGUCUUCUUUGCCUGUUCUCCUGCUGCUCCUAUUUUACGGCUUCACCCCUGAAUCCCCAAGAUACCUUUGCACUAAAGGUAGAACAGCUGAUGCCAUUAAAGUUUUGGAGAAAAUGGCUAGAAUGAACAAGAUGGCACUUCCUUCCGGUUCUCUGAUUUCUGACAUUAAAGGGGAGCUUGAUGGGGAUGAAAACGUUCCUGAAACGUCACAUUUGACUACAAUUCAAAGGGAUCAAAUUGAUGUUUUUCAUGAUACGAAAUCAAAGAUUGGAUUUUUUACCACACUGUCCAUUCUCUUGUCUCCAACAUUAGUCAGAUCAACUCUUCUCAUUUGGAUUGGUUUCUUUGGAAACAUAUUUGCAUAUUAUGGUAUUGUCUUGCUAACUUCAGCACUAACUGAUGGAAAAAUGUCAUGCACUUCCCCAAAACAUCAUCUUAAUCUCACAGGGAACGUGAAUCUUUACAAGGACUUGUUUAUCACUAGCUUCGCUGAGUUGCCUGGGCUUAUUUUGUUGGCUGUGAUGGUUGAUAGGUUUGGCCGGAAGAUUACAGUGGUAACCAUGCUUUUCGCAGCUUUAGUUUGCUUGAUCCCUUUGGCUUUCUCCAAAACUGAAGGGUUAACGACAGCCCUUUUGUUUUGUACUCGAUCAUUCAUUACUACAAGUAUGACGUGCCUAUGCAUAUAUGCUCCUGAGGUUUAUCCGACGUCGCUAAGGAGCAGCGGUUAUGGAACUGCAAGUGCUGUGGGAAGAAUAGGUGGAAUUAUUUCUCCUCUUGUGGCUGUAGCUUUGGUAAAUGACUGCCAUCAGACUGAAGCUAUUCUUCUCUUCGAAUUGGUGAUCGGUCUAUCGGCCAUAGCUGUUGCUUUCUUCCCCAUUGAGACCAAGGAUCGCAGUCUCCAUGACUCUUUGGAGAGUUUAAUUAUCAGUUGAAAUGGCCUUUCCUAUUCAAGACCGUUAUUUGUUGAUAUGUUGUUUCUGUAUUAUAUUAACAAUGUUUCAGAUUUUGUGUGACCAGCUUGUAUGCUUUACUGCAGUUUAAUGUUUUACAGACAA